AUGUACAAUGCAUCCAUAGCAAGACUCUAUCUAUUACCUGAACAGCAUCAAGUUCGAGGGCCAAAUCCAUGGCCUGUUGAUAGAUUAAGUCCUGCCGGAGAGUCCUCGAUCUGCGCAACAGGAAGGCUCGGAAGUGAGACUGGAUGGUGCGGGCGGCGGCGUCGCGGAGGGAGUGUGAGGUGGAAGCGGAGGAGCGGCCGCGGAGGGCGGAUUCGAGGGCGGCGAUGCGGCGGAGGAGGGAGGCGAUUGUGGCUCGAGCAUCUCUCUCCUCCACGAGAUAACGCCCUCGAAAGCGGGUGUGGUAUUGAUGCGAAUCUGGGAGGUGGAUUUGGGAUGAGGGUUGGGGCGGCUGGUGGUAAAAUCGGUGAUAAUCUGGCGGCGGCGGGGGAUGGUGUUACAUUUCUCCCUACACCAAAUCCUUCGUAA